AUGAAUAAUCAAUAUAUCCGUCGGGAAGUCUUCUGCUGUGAGACGUGUGAUGAGCUCAAAAGCUUCUGGGAAAAAGAAAUCAGCAAACAGACUUGUUACCGGGAGUUGGAGGAAUAUCGCCAGGGAAGAAGCGCCCUGAGAAAGCUCCGAGAGGAAUGGAGGCAGAGGUUGGAGAAGAGGCUUCAGAUGCUGGAUAAUCCUGAGGAGGAGAAGCAGCCCCACCCCUCAGACUGAGAGCUCCCCACCGUGCUGCCUUCAUAGACAUCAAGCCGCCAAGGGAAUUUUUCUAAAGGAAAAUGCUAACACCCACUUACACUGAUUUACUAAGCAGGACUCUCCCGUUUCUCUCCCAUUUGUGAAGGGAUUUACAUGUGAAGCCUCCCCUGGUGCUAAUGGGGGUUAUUAUCCAGCUCAAUCCUCUCUGAACAGAGAACAGGGUGACUGCAAAUGGGACAGGCAGCAUGGAUUAUUUACUAUAGAAAGCUCUUAGAAUAAGUACCCCCAGGUUUUACAGAUCCACGUAGCACCACCUAUUCUCACAUUUUCAAACCUGAAUGUUUUCUCUGAGCUUACA